CCACUGUCUGAGGUGUCUGAUGAGCAGUUGAGGUAGGAUUUCUGCUAUUUCCUAGCAUAAGGACUUGUUACUGGGAUGAGAUAACUUUGCCCCGAACUGCCCGCACCUUUACGCCGCUUGGCAACAUUCCGGCAAGUAAAUCGUGUGGGGUUACCUGUUCUAGUCACGUACUAUAUCAUUUCAAGGGUUCUAUUAUGACACCAAACGAAAUAGUAAUGGCCUUGCCCCUCACUGAUACAAGCUCGACCAUCAACUUGGUUGUUUAAAGUAGUGUAGAGUACUAGGUUGGCGGAACUAAGUCUUCUCACCACAACCACUUGUCUACCUCUCCUAGCUCAGCUUCUUAUACCGAUCUGUCGUAGCCGAAUCCCACGUUGCACGACAUCAUGUCUCUCCCUAAUGGCGUGUACCGCGCCGAUCAGGUCGGCUCUUUUCUGCGACCAAAAGCACUUCUCGAGGCACGCGAACAGGCUGCUGAAGGCAAGCUGAAGGUCGAACAGCUGAGGGAGCUAGAAGACAAAUACGUUGCUGAUGUCGUCGACAAGCAGCUUACUGCUGGACUACGGGCCAUCACAGAUGGAGAGUUCAGACGACAAUGGUUUCACGUUGAUUUCUUGCGAAAUCUUAGCGGGAUAGAGCUUCGUGGUGCUCUACAGUCUACCAAUGUUAGCGUAGGAGGUACCAUGCCUCCACGACUCGUCGUCGUUGACAAGAUUGGCCACCCGAAGCCAAUUCAAGUCGACGAUUACAAGUACCUCGAGUCUCGGAUCGCGGCAGCUGGUGCCAAGGCCACACCGAAGGUCUGCAUCCCGUCGCCGACUAUGAUUCACUUCCGCAAUACCCGCGAGACUAUUGAUGAGAAGGCUUACCCGACGCUGGAGCCCUUCUUCGAGGAUCUCGCACGUGUAUACCAGGAGGAGUUGGAUGACCUCUACAAAGCCGGUGCUCGCUUCGUACAGCUUGACGACACUAACUUAGCCUAUCUCUGCGAUCCUAAGAUGCGUGCUGAGGCCGAGGAGCGACACGGCGAUGCUAACCUGCUUGCUCGACAAUACGCCGCACUUAUUAAUGCGGCUAUCUCGAAGCGUCCCGCCGAUUUGACUAUUGGAAUACAUCUAUGCCGCGGUAACCACCGCUCACAAUGGUUCGCGCAGGGCGGAUACGAACCCGUAGCCGAAGUUCUAUUCAAGGACCUGAACGUGGAUGCCUACUUUCUCGAAUACGACGACGCGCGAUCGGGCGAUUUUUCGCCGCUCCGCCACCUACCCGAGAACAAGAUUGUCGUCCUUGGUGUCAUGACAAGCAAGAAGGCCGCUCUCGAAGACAAGGCUGAGGUCAUUAAGCGCCUCAACGAAGCUGCUUCGUUCUGCCCCAAGGGCCUGAAGCAACUCUGUCUCAGCCACCAGUGCGGCUUUAGCUCGACGUCCGAGGGUAAUGAUCUCACCGAGGAAGAACAAUGGGCCAAGGUCAAGCUGGAGGUGGAGAUUGCUAAGGAAGUCUGGGGAGAUGAUCUGUCCAUCUAAACAGAUACACACAACAGGGAUCUUGUUACCUUAGGUAACGUGAUAUGGUCUUAGGGGACUCUAACGUGUGGUUAAAAUUUUCGUAUCCGCCACGUGGGUAGGUAUACGUUGGCCAUAUGGUAAUGAAGCUGGUGUGUGCAUUUUCAAUGGCAACGGAGUUGAAAGCCGACAAACGGGUAUGUUUGCGUUGGCGUUGAGAGACAUAGCACGAAGUACGAAGCCUACAUUAGUUGUACUCUAAAAAUAGAAAAGACAGAAAAUAUAAUACUACUACUAGUAGUUGUUGUCAUACGCACUAUACCUGUGUACCCGGA